CCAGCAAGCCGGUAACUUCAUACCUUCAAUCCCUUUAUUUCUGAGGGCACAGUCCGAGUAGCAUGCAAUCUACACCCCAGCCGGACAUUAUCCAACAAAAUUAGCCGAUAAAAUAUUCAGCAGGUGGGGUGCUAAGAUUUCACUGGUCCAGUAACCGAAACAUUGGGCAUCUCAGACAGAAGAUCACCUGCGACGUGAAAGAUUUUACUAUCUCUGGUUUGAAGGAGAGAAAGGACAAUAAAACCGGGCGAGGAAACGUUCAAUCUAUUGGAGGAAUAAAACUGAGAACAGGAGGGAUUUGAGAAUUCGGACAGCACAUGGUGAUCAUGAUCAAACUGGAUAGAAGAUCAACAAACAAACGUCCAUGGAGUCAAACAGUUGAGAACCAAUUGAGAAUAACACUUCUUACACAACACUGAGAGACAAAAUGUCCAGACUGAUGUACUUGCCUUUGUUUUUUGCAUGAAGAUGGCAGAAGGAAUGGUUUUAACAAGGCCACUCUUAAAACCUGAAACGUUUAUGUUGAUUUUCUUGGGUAUUUUGUUAAGAACAUUUUGCUCCUGCUGUCCACCACCUUGUAACUGUCCUGUUCAGGACAACGCUACUCUAUGCAGGCAACGUCUCUUGAGUUUAGUUCCAUCAGAGAUACCUCUGGCCUCUCAUUUCCUGGAUCUGAGUUACAACAGAAUACGUUCAGUUCAGCCCACAGUAUUUUCCCACCUUCAGGAUCUUCAAGAGUUGGACCUGAGUCACAAUCAGUUGACUAGGAUGGAGCCAGGAGUCUUCAGUGGAUUGCCCAGUUUGCGCAUCCUCUUGGUGCACCACAAUCAGCUCAAGCUGUUGCCUUCAGGAGUGUUUUCAGGAAUACCAGAUCUGACAUGGCUUGAUGUCCGAGGAAACCAACUUGUCAUACUGCUGGACCAGACAUUUCAAGGGCUGCGAGAGCUCAGACACCUGGAGGCUGGGGACAAUCCGUUGCUGUUUAUAUCUCCCGGUGCUUUUCUGGGAAUGCCCCAAUUACAGAGAUUAGGGCUGGAAGAAACCAAACUAGGUAGUGUUCCCUCCAGGGCUCUGUCUGCCCUUCCCAAGCUCUCUGACUUAAGGCUGGGUGGAGUUAGCAGUCCAAUCCUCCGCAAUCUUUCUUAUACAGGAUUGCCUUGGCUGCGUGUUCUAGAUAUGGACCACUGGCCCUCUCUAAGAAUACUUGAGCCACUCAGUCUAUCUGGAUUAAAUCUUACAUCCUUGUCACUAACGCGUUGCAAUCUAAGUUCAAUUCCAGAAGAAGCCUUAAGAAACCAGGUCUACCUACGGAGACUAGACCUCUCCAGAAACCCAAUCUCUGACCUACAGGUCAAAGGUCUAAGAGCACUGAAAAAGUUGGAGGAACUUCGAUUGUCUGGAGGGAGGCUGAUCUCCAUACCUUCAGGCACAUUUCACGGUCUUGAUCGCCUACGGAUACUUGAUCUGUCAGACAAUCCACUCCACUGGAUAUCAGAGCAUGCUUUGCCACCUUCUUCAAGUUCUCUGGAGACUCUGCUGCUUUCUGGAACCAAACUCUCUUGUGACUGUCGACUCUGUUGGAUACUAAGUCGCAAACUUCACUUUGGCGGAAGACCUCCUGUCUGUGCAGCCCCUGACUUAUUACAGGGAAUGGUGAUCCCUGACCAUCCUGAGCUCCUCUGCCCAGAACUCUUUACGUGCCAACCUCCUAGAAUUGUGGAACCUGAACCAGGGGAGCUAAAAGUGCAGGAAGGCGACAGGCUUAUUAUCAGCUGUCAAAGCAAAGGGAUCCCAGAACCUUUCACCUAUUGGGUGUUGCCACAAAAACUUUCCUCGUACAAAUCAAAUUUGGAGACAGUGGUGCAAGUUAUUGACUCUGAGACUGAAACAACACCCGAUUCUAGAAUGGUAACACCAACAUCAGUGCCAGGGAUUGAAAGAGUUACAGUACUUCCUGGGGGAUCACUCCAGUUCCAGACAGUACAAGUGUCAGACUCUGGAGCAUACCUGUGUCGCGCCAGCAAUGUUGCUGGCAAUGACUCCUUGUGGUUGCACCUAGAGGUCACCCCUUUCAAUGGAAGCACAGUACAGCCCUCUUUUCCUUUGUUACACAGCCACCUCCUAGUGGUCAUUACGGCAGGGGGCCUCCUGCCUUUCAUUAUUUCUGUCACAAUUUGCUUCAUUUUCAUGCUCCUCUGGAGCAGGGGCCAUGGAAAUAUCAAACACACUGCAAACAUAGACUUUGUACCAAGAACAUCACGAGGAACGACAGACACAGAAGAGAAUAAAUUCACAAUGAAACUCAUUUGAGAAAUAAAGGGGGAGAAGAGAAAGGUCAAAUUACUCCAUGCACUCUCUAACCCCAAAAUGCAUUAAAAAAAUUAAAAUAAAGAAUGCUAUUUAUGAUAUAGAGUACAAUCAAUUGGCUGGAUUACACUAAGAUAAUUCUCAUUGAUCUAAAGGACAGCAAAUUUCAUACAAAUUUGAGAUUAA